AUGCCCGACCUGGCGGCGGCUGCCGCGGCAGCGGGCCUGUCGAAGCUCUACCCCGCCCUGGCCGCCGCUGCCACUGCCCCUGUUGCCGGCGUCACCCUGCCCGACGGGAUCCAGGUCCUCGCCGGGAAGCUGGGCGCCAAUUUCGACGACCCGUCGUUGGUGGACUGGGUGCCCGGCACCGUCAUUCGACCGCCACGGUCCUGCCCGGCGGGGACGGCGGCCUGCUCGCGGACUGGGCCGAUCGGGCGCGGUCGGUCCGGCGCCACCACUGGCGGCCAUGCCCGACCACGGCUCCUUGGCGGCGGGGGGCCGAUCUUCGGCUUCGUGGUCACGAGCAGCCUCUCCGCCCUGGCGCCCCUGGCGGCCCUGGCGUGGCCGCGCGCGCCGGCGAGGCGCCCGCAGGAGUCGGCGCCGCCGUGCGGGAGCAGCGCCGGCGAGGGGUGCGCGGGCGCCCCCGACGGUGGCGGGGAGGGCGCGCUCGCCUCGGAGCUCGACCAGGAGGCCGCCCAGCACGCAGACUUCCUGUUCGGCGGGCGCGGCCAAGCGCGCGGCACCGAGGCGGCCUCGCUCGCGCGGAUGCGCCGCGCGCGGCGAUGCGGGGUGGCGCGGCGGGAGCGGCGCCUUCGCGGGGAUAUCGACGUCGGCACCCGGAGUGCCCAGAAGCACCAGGACCACCGCCAGACCCUCGACUCCAGGAGCCCCUACAGGGGCUGGUUGGUGGAGGGGUGUAGCCCACUCCACAACCGCGUCAGCCUACCCCCGAUCACCCUUUGGGCCCCAGGGCGACAUGGAGAGAAUAGGCCCGUCCACCUGUCACGGGCGUACCUGGCACACCUGCGGCAAAAGACGUACGUGCUGCGGGUCACGAUUUUGUGCCCCGCUCUCUGGGCUCUGUCGACCCUGGUUCCCAGGAAGGUCCAGGAGGCCUCCGAGCUCUGCGAUGGCCUGGGCGAUGCACUCCCAGAGGUCGAGAGCAUCGGCUCCUGGGCCUGGCCAGGGGUUGGCUCCUCGCUGCUGAAUGUGGAGGCCUCCGACGACGUCGCGAUGUGGCUGGCGCACUGGGCACACGAAGGUGAUGCCGUACUGGCGGCCGUGCUGGCCCAACCACUCAUCCUGCAGCUGCUUCUCCGUGGUGCGCGCGACGUGGUGCUGGAUCUCCUGCAGCAUGGUGUAGCGGAGGUUGAGCACGCCUGCGUCAUCCAGCCGAGGCGCCUGACCGUCGCCACGGACGCGAUGAUGGGGCCACUGUUGGCGAGGGUGCCUGGGUCGGCCCUGUCGCUGAGCAGCGUGAGCGGCGUGGACCUUCCCUUGUUGUUGCCCUCCAUCGCCGCCGCCACGUUCUUCCUGAGCUCGGUGAGCUUGGAGUCUGCCAUGUGCCUGGUACUCUUGUUGAUGUGCUGGCCCAGCGCGGUGGAGGAGGCCAGCGUGACCGUCUUCCCCUCCGCGCCCCGCGAGACGGCGGCGGGGGGCCAGCGGCCUCAGGACAGCACGGCAGCCCACAGGACUGGGCUCGGGAAAUACGGCUUCGGGAUCCAGCCGACCCUCGACAACAGGGCUGCCAGCAUCGACAGGAUCGACCCCGACGGCAUCUUGGCGCGGUGGAACAUGGAGAACCCAGCCCAGGCCGUGAAGAUCGGGGACACGCUCGUCUGCGUCAACGGGGUGUCGGACAGCCUCGACGACAUGGAGCAGGAGCUGCGGACGGCCAACCUGUCCAUGCUGUUCGAGCCCUGCUGA